UUCCCCGGCCGGCGUGCGGGGCUGGUGCGGGACCUCGGCCGGGAGCGGACCCAGGCGCGGGCCGGCAUGAACCGCGCCAAGCCCCCGGCCGUGCGCAGGCCGAGCGCCGCCGCCAAGCCCUCAGGGCACCCUCCGCCCGGAGACUUCAUCGCGCUGGGCUCCAAGGGCCAGGCCAGCGAGUCCAAGGCGGCGUCCACGCUGCUGAAGCCGGCGCCGUCGGGGCUGCCCUCGGAGCGCAAGCGGGACGCGGCGGCGCUGUCGGGGGCCGCGGCGCUCACCGGCCUCACCAAGCGCCCCAAGCUCUCCUCCACGCCGCCGCUGAGCGCCCUGGGCCGCCUGGCCGAGGCCGCCGUGGCCGAGAAGCGCGCCAUCUCCCCGUCCAUCAAGGAGCCGUCGGUGGUGCCCAUCGAGGUGCUGCCCACGGUGCUGCUGGACGAGAUCGAGGCGGCCGAGCUGGACGGCAAUGACGAGCGCGUGGAGGCGGUGCUGUGCGGGGCCGUGAAGCAGCUGCGGGCCACGCGCGCCAAGCCGGACAGCACGCUCUACCUGGGCCUCAUGUACCUGGCCAAGAUCAAGCCCAACAUCUUCGCCACCGAGGGCGUCAUCGAGGCCCUGUGCAGCCUCCUGCGGAGAGAUGCCUCCAUCAACUUCAAGGCCAAGGGCAACAGCCUGGUGUCCGUGCUGGCCUGCAACCUCCUCAUGGCCGCCUACGAGGAGGACGAGAACUGGCCCGAGACCUUCGUCAAGGUGUACAUCGAGGACUCUCUGGGCGAGCGCAUCUGGGUGGACAGCGUCCACUGCAGGACGUUCGUGGACAACAUCCAGACGGCCUUCGGCACCAAGAUGCCGCCCAAGAGCAUGCUGCUGCAGGGGGAGGUGGGGCGCGGCGGCGGGGAGCCGGGUGCUGGGAGCAGCCCUCACCCCUCGCUGGCGGAGGAGGAGGACAGCCAGACGGAGCUGCUGAUGGCGGAGGAGAAGCUGAGCCCGGAGCAGGAGGGCCAGCUCAUGCCCAGGUACGAGGACCUGGCAGAGAGCGUGGAGGAGUACGUGCUGGACGUGCUGCGAGACCAGCUCAACCGGCGCCAGCCCAUGGACAGCGUGUCCCGGAACCUGCUGCGGCUGCUCGCCUGCACCUGUGGCUACCAGGAGGUGCGGCUCAUGGCCGUGCAGAAGCUGGAGAUGUGGUUGCAGAACCCCAAGCUGACCAGGCCCGCGCAGGACCUGCUGAUGUCCGUGUGCAUGAACUGCAACACGCACGGCCCCGAGGACACCGACGUCAUCUCCCACCUGAUCAAGAUCCGCCUCAAGCCCAAGGUGCUGCUCAACCACUACAUGCUGUGCGUCAGGGAGUUGCUGACGGCGCACAAGGACAACCUGGGCACCACCAUCAAGUUUGUGAUCUUCAACGAGCUGUCCAACGCCCGGAACCCGAACAACAUGCAGAUCCUAUACACGGUGCUGCAGCACAGCUCCGAGCUGGCGCCCAAGUUCCUGGCCAUGGUCUUCCAGGACCUGCUGACCAGCAAGGACGACUACCUCCGAGCCUCUCGGGCCCUGCUCCGCGAGAUCAUCAAACAGACGAAGCACGAGGUCAACUUCCAGGCCUUCUGCCUGGGGCUCAUGCAGGAGCGCCGGGAGCCCCAGUACCUGGACAUGGAGUUCAAGGAGCGGUUCGUGGUGCACAUCACAGACGUGCUGGCCGUGUCCAUGAUGCUGGGCAUCACGGCUCAGGUGAAGGAGGCCGGCAUCGCCUGGGACAAAGGAGAGAAGAGGAACCUCGAGGUGCUGCGCUCCUUCCAGAACCAGAUUGCCGCCAUCCAGCGCGACGCCGUCUGGUGGCUGCACACCGUCGUCCCCUCCAUCAGCAAGCUCGCCCCCAAGGACUACGUGCACUGCCUGCACAAGGUGCUUUUCACGGAACAGCCUGAGACCUACUACAAGUGGGACAACUGGCCGCCCGAGAGUGACCGCAACUUCUUCCUGCGCCUCUGCUCGGAGGUGCCCAUCCUGGAGGACACGCUGAUGCGCAUCCUGGUCAUCGGGCUGUCCCGGGAGCUCCCGCUCGGCCCCGCCGACGCCAUGGAGCUGGCUGACCACCUGGUGAAGCGAGCGGCAGCCGUGCAGGCUGACGAUGUGGAAGUGCUGAAGGUGGAGAGGAUCCAGCUGAUCGACGCCGUGCUGAACCUGUGCACCUACCACCACCCCGAGAACAUCCAGCUCCCGCCCGGGUACCAGCCCCCGAACCUCGCCAUCUCCACCCUCUACUGGAAGGCCUGGCCCUUGCUUCUGGUCGUCGCUGCCUUCAACCCGGAGAACAUCGGCCUGGCCGCCUGGGAGGAGUACCCCACCCUGAAGAUGCUCAUGGAAAUGGUGAUGACCAACAAUUACUCCUACCCGCCGUGCACCCUGACGGACGAGGAGACACGGACGGAGAUGGUGAGCCGGGAGCUGCAGCUCGCCCAGCGCGAGAAGCAGGAGAUCUUGGCCUUCGAGGGCCACCUGGCUGCCGCAUCCACCAAGCAGACCAUCACCGAGAGCAGCAGCCUGCUCCUGUCGCAGCUCACCAGCCUGGACCCCCAAGGGCCCCCCCGGAGGCCCCCUCCCCACAUCCUGGAGCAAGUGAAAGGCCUCAACCAGUCCCUCCGCCUCGGGCACCUCCUGUGUCGCAGCCGCAACCCUGACUUCCUCCUCGACAUCAUCCAGAGGCAGGCCUCCUCGCAGUCCAUGCCCUGGCUGGCCGACCUGGUGCAGUCCAGCGAGGGCUCCUUGGACGUGCUACCUGUGCAGUGCCUGUGCGAGUUCCUGCUGCACGACGCUGCGGACGAGGCCGCCUCCGGGGAGGAGGAGGAGGAGGGCGAGAGCAAGGAGCAGAAGGCCAAGAAGCGGCAGAGGCAGCAGAAGCAGCGGCAGCUGCUGGGCCGCCUGCAGGACCUGCUGCUGGGCCCCAAGGCCGACGAGCAGACCACGUGCGAGGUGCUCGACUACUUCCUGCGCCGCCUCGGCUCCUCCCAGGUGGCCUCCCGAGUGCUGGCCAUGAAGGGCUUGUCGCUGGUGCUCUCGGAGGGCGGCCUGCGGGACGGGGAGGAGAAGGAGCAGCCCCCGGAGGAGGACCCCGGGGCCGCGGACGCGCUGCAGGGCUACGAGUGGCUGCUGCGGGACCUGCCCCGGCUGCCCCUGUUCGACAGCGUCAGGACCACCACCGCCCUGGCACUGCAGCAGGCCAUCCACAUGGAGACGGACCCGCAGACCAUCAGCGCCUACUUGGUCUACCUGUCGCAGCACACGCCGGUGGAAGAGCAGGGCCCGCACAGCGACCUGGCCUUGGACGUGGCGCGGCUGGUCGUGGAGCGCUCCACCAUCAUGUCCCACCUCUUCUCGAAGCUGUCGUGCAGUGACACGUCCGACGCCGUGCUGGGCGCCCUGCUCGCCAUCUUCUCCCGCUACGUGCAGCGCAUGCGCAAGAGCAAGGAGGGGGAGGAGGUGUACAGCUGGUCGGAGUCCCAGGACCAGGUCUUCCUGCGCUGGACGAGCGGGGAGACGGCCACCAUGCACAUCCUUGUGGUGCACGCCAUGGUCAUUCUGCUGACACUGGGCCCGCCCCGCACUGGUGACGGCGAGUUCGGGGCGCUGCUGGACAUCUGGUUUCCGGAGAAGCAGCCCCUGCCCACGGCCUUCCUGGUGGAUACGUCCGAGGAGGCCCUGCUGCUGCCCGACUGGCUGAAGUUGCGCAUGAUCCGCUCCGAGGUCCCUCGCCUGGUGGACGCAGCCCUGCAGGACCUGGAGCCGCAGCAGCUGCUGCUCUUCGUCCAGUCCUUUGGCAUCCCCGUGUCCAGCAUGAGCAAGCUCCUGCAGCACCUGGACCAGGCCGUGGCCCACGACCCCCAGACCCUGGAGCAGAACAUCAUGGACAAGAACUACAUGGCGCACCUGGUCGAGGUUCAGCACGAGCGUGGUGCCUCCGGCGGCCAGACCUUCCACUCCCUGCUCACGGCCUCCCUGCCCGCCCGGCGAGACAGCACAGAGGCGCCAAGACCUAAGAGCAGCCCCGAGCAGCCCCCAGGCCAGGGGAGGAUCCGGCCUGGGACUCAGGUGCGGGUGCUCGGCCCCGAGGACGACCUGGCCGGCAUGUUCCUUCAGAUCUUCCCGCUGAACCCUGACCCGCGAUGGCAGAGCUCCCGUUCCCGCCCCCUCGCCCUGGCGCUACAGCAGGCCCUGGGCCAGGAGCUGGCCCGAGUCCGCCAAGGGAACCCCGAGGUGCCGGGCAUCACGGUGCGUCUCCUGCAGGCCAUGGCCACGCUGCUGGGCUCCCCCCACGGCGGGGCCCUGGUCAUGGCCAUGCAGCGCAGCCACUUCCUGUCCUGCCCGCUGCUGCGCCAGCUCUACCAGUACCAGCGCUGCGUGCCCCAGGACACCGGCUUCUCCUCGCUGCUCCUCAAAGUGCUGCUGCAGCUCCUGCAGUGGCUGGACGGCUCCGCCGCGGAGGGCGGGCCCCUGCAGGCCCAGCUCAAGCAGCUCGCCACCCGGUACUCGGCCAGACACAGGAUCAGCGACGUGCGAAGUGGGCUGCUGCACCUGGCUGAGGCCCUGACCUUCCGCCGUGACCUGGAGGUGGUGGGCCCCACCGUGCGGGCCAUCGUCGCCGCCCUGAAGUCUGGGGAGCAGCGCAGUGUGGAGCCGGAGCUGGUCAGCAAAGUGCUGCGAGGGCUCAUCGAGGUGCGCUCGCCCCACCUGGAGGAGCUGCUGACGGCGCUGUUCUCUGCCCCCGCGGACGCGGCCGGGCCGCUGCCGGCCACGAAGCCCAUCGUGGUGGUGAGCUCCCUGCUGCUGCAGGAGGAGGAGCCGGACGCCGACGGUGGCGGCCUGGAGCCCACACGGCUGGGGCCCGCGUCGGGGCUGCUGGUGGACUGGCUGGAGAUGCUGGACCCCGAGGUGGUCAGCAGCUGCCCCGACCUGCAGCAAAAGCUGCUCUUCUCCCGGAGAAAGGGCAAAGGCCACGCCGGGGUCCAGGUGCCGUCCUUCCGCCCCUACCUGCUGGCCCUCUUCACACACCAGUCCAGCUGGUCUACCCUGCACCAGUGUAUCCGUGUCGUGCUGGGCACCAGCCGGGAGCAGAGGUUUGACCCCUCCGCCUCCCUGGAUUUCCUCUGGGCCUGCAUCCACGUUCCACGGAUCUGGCAGGGCAGGGACCAGCGCACCCCGCAGAAGCGGCGGGAGGAGCUGGUGCUGCGGAUCCAGGCCGCGGAGCUCAUCAGCCUGGUGGAGCUGAUCCUGGCCGAGGCCGAGACGCGGAGCCAGGACGGGGACGCGGCCGCCUGCUCCCUCAUCCAGGCCCGGCUGCCCCUGCUGCUCAGCUGCUGCCGCGGCGACCACGAGGGCGUCCGGAAAGCCACCGAGCACCUGGCCGGCUGCAUCCAGCAGUGGGGGGACAGCACGCUGGGCAGGCGCUGCCAAGACCUGCUCCUGCAGCUCUACCUGCAGCGGCCGGAGCUCCGGGUGCCCGUGCCCGAGGUGCUCGUGCGCAGCGAAGGCGCCGCCAGCGGCAGCAUCUGCAAGCUGGACGGGCUCAUCCACCGUUUCAUCACUCUGCUCGCCGACACCAGCGACUCCCGGUCGUCCGAGAACCGAGUGGCUGAUGCCAACAUGGCCUGCAGGAAGCUGGCGGUGGCCCACCCCAUCCUUCUGCUCAGGCACCUGCCCAUGGUCGCCGCGCUGCUGCACGGCCGCACCCACCUCAACUUCCAGGAGUUCCGGCAGCAGAACCACCUGGCCUUCUUCCUGCACGUGCUGGGGGUGCUGGAGCUGCUGCAGCCGCACGUGUUCCGGAGCGAGCACCAGGGGGCGCUGUGGGACUGCCUGCUCUCCUUCAUCCGGCUGCUGCUGAACUACAGGAAGUCCUCCCGCCACCUGGCGCCCUUCAUCAGCAAGUUCGUGCAGCUCAUCCACAAGUACCUCACCUGCAACGCGCCCGCCGCCAUCUGCUUCCUGCAGGAGCACGCCGACCCCCUCCACGACCUCUCCUUUGAGAACAGCGACCUGGUGAUGCUGAAGUCGCUCCUGGCGGGACUCAGCCUCCCCAGCAGAGACGGCAGAUCUGACCGCGGCCUGGACGAGGAUGGGGAGGACGAGCGCGCUCCCGGCUCCCUGCCCCUGGUCAGCGUCUCCCUCUCCACGCCGCUGACCGCUGCUGAGAUGGCGCCCUACAUGAAGAGGCUGUCCCGUGGCCAGACCGUCGAGGACCUGCUGGAGGCGCUGAGCGACGUGGACGAGCUGUCCCGGCGCAGGCCUGAGGUCCUGGGCUUCUUCUCGACCAACCUGCAGCGGCUGAUGAGCUCGGCCGAAGAGUCCUGCCGUGACCUGGCCUUCAGCCUGGCCCUGCGCUCCAUGCAGAGCAACCCCAGCAUCGCGGCCGACUUCCUGCCCACGUUCAUGUACUGCCUGGGCAGCCGGGACCUGGAGGUGGUGCAGACGGCCCUGAGGAACCUGCCCGAGUACACGCUGCUCUGCCAAGAACAUGCGGCCGUGCUGCUGCACCGCGCCUUCCUGGUGGGAGUGUAUGGGCAGAUAGACACCAGCGCCCAGAUCUCCGAGGCCCUGAAGACCCUGCAUAUGGAGGCCGCCAUGUGACCGGGCCAAGCCCAGGAGGCUGCUGUACCGCGCCUUCCUGGUGGGCGUGUAUGGGCAGAUAGACACCAGCGCCCAGAUCUCCGAGGCCCUGAAGACCCUGCACAUGGAGGCCGCCAUGUGACCGGGCCAAGCCCAGGAGGCUGCUGCGCCCGGGGUGCGCCUGGCAGGACAGGGGGCGUGGCCCAGCGCCCGCAGAGACAGAGGGAGGGGCUGGUUUUGAAUGAACCCCGCAGUUCCCCAC